UGUGCAAAUAUGUCAAAUGGCUAAAAUAUUUUGUAACUCUGAAAUCCCAGUGAACAACUGGAAGAAGUUCAAACGGCUGGAGUUUUUGGGGAUUCCAACUUACUGGGGGUCUGGACUGACUGAAAAUAACGGAACAAGGUACAGAUUUAUGGUGAUGGAUCGGUUGGGUACAGACCUGCAAAUAGUGUUUAUGGAGAAUGGUGGACAACUGAAGAAGCCCACCGUGCUACAGCUGGGUGUCCUCAUGCUGGAUGUGCUGGAAUAUAUUCAUGACAACGAGUACGUCCAUGCUGACAUUAAGGCUGCCAAUCUAUUAUUGGGACACAAAGAUCCAAGCAAGGUGUACCUGGCUGACUAUGGUCUCUCAUAUAGAUACUGUCCUAAUGGUGAGCAUAAAGAGUACAAAGAGAACCCCAAGAAAGGACACAAUGGCACUAUUGAGUAUACAAGCACUGAUGUUCACAAAGGAGUAGCCCCAUCCAGACGAGGAGACUUGGAGGUGUUGGGCUACUGCUUGCUUCACUGGCAGUGUGGAACUCUGCCCUGGCUCUCAUCUCUUAAGAACCCAGCUGAGGUCCAGGAGGCCAAGGCCAAGCUGAUGUCUAACCUGCCAGAUUCUGUCCUGAACAUGUCCACCUCCGGCUCCAGCAAGGAGAUCGCCAGGUACCUGUCCAAUGUGAAAAACCUUGGCUACAAUGAAAAGCCAGACUACCAGGCCCUCAGGAAGAUUCUGUCAGUGGCCGGGCCGCAAGGCCCAUUGGACCUCUCUAGGCCGAGACUGUUGGAGACAGCCACGCCAACCACACAAAGGGCUGCAAGCCAACCCAGGACUACUGAGAAAAAAACAGCAAGAUCAAAGCCUGUGGUGACGGCAGAGGAAGAUGAUGAGGAAGAGUUGCGCGGGUCAACAUCAAACACAGUUUGGAGCAAGACAAAACGAGAGACGCACAAACAGAAACAAAACAAAGCUGACAUGGCUGCUAAAGGAAGCAUCAGGCAAAGUCCUAGGCCUUAUGAAAGUGAUGAGGACAUCAGUGAUGAAGAUGAGCCCCUCCCUCCACGAGUUCAUCCUAGAACAAGAGCAGGAGCACGGCAGAGACAGGAACUUGAACAAGCAAAGAGGAACGCAGAUGUUUACGAGGGCAAGACCUGGAUGACCAUGAGGGGAAGACAAAACGGUCACUACGAGAACCAGCAAACACAUACUCUGACACUAAAUGACGACCAUGCAGAAGUCAGCAGUGAAGUCGAUUAUUGGGGGAACUACAGCAGGAAACACAGCUGGAAUCCAAAGCAGUGGGAAGAAACUGACGAUGAAGGAAACCACUGGGGUAGUGAUGUGUGUGGACAGGAAGAUGAAUGGACGCGGUACCAUUACAGAGAAGGAGAUGGCUUUGGGAAAUCAGAAAAUCAGGCUAAAUGGCCAAUCAAAAGAAUGUUGAUCUUCCUUGUUGUUAUGGUACUGACUGUUGUUGGUAUUACCCUCACUGGAGCCGUAAUGACACUUGACCCCUACUCUGAAUGAACAGAUUUUGUUAAGCGUUUCC